CAGUCAUCUGAGAAAGACCACUAAUUUAUGAAUAAAGGUUUUCAAAUUCAUAAAGAUGAGGACCUGGGUCGAGCCGGUGGUAGCUGGAUCCCAGUUAGCCAGCUCCUUUUAUGAAACUGGUUUACUUUUGGCGGUAAAGGGUUACUACAAUCAGACAAGCACACUAUCGAACAGUUCCAGCGAGGAUAUGCUGCAGAAGUCCAUCUCUAAUUUCUACAUCAUAUACAACCUUAUCAUCAAGCUGACCCCUUUGCCUUCUGCCUAUAUUCUGGCAAAAAUAGGAGAUAAAGGCAAACGAAAGAUUGCUCUAUGUGUUCCACUUGUUGGGUUAUUUAUAUCCAAUUUAUUUCUCUUGUUUGUAAAUCUCUGGGACUGGCCCAUACAAGUCAUGUUUGGCACAGCUGCUUUUAACGGCUUGUGUGGUUGGUUCACAGCUUACUGGCCAGCGGUUAUGGCAUUGGCUUCACUGGAUUCCUCCGCUAAGAGAAGGUCACUCAGGCUUAUUUUCACGGAGUGCACCUUUGGCUUGGCUGGAUUCAUUGGAAGCCUAAUUUCUGGCCAUAUAUUUGUUUAUCAAGUUGCAAAUCACCCAGGCAUACUUUUGGCGUGCUGCAGCCUUGCAAGUUAUACUUUUUGUCUCUUGUAUGUCGCUUUUAUUUUGAAGACGCCUCAUUGUGAAGUUAAUACAAAAGAGGACACUAUGUCUAGAAUAGCUACAGCCCAAGCUGAAGACCAGGCAGACCGAGAAGAAGUUCCUACAGAACGCAGCAGUCUAAUUAAUUCAUCCAGUGAAAAUGCAACACACGGGCAAACAUAUAUAACUGCAUCUUUUUCUAAAGUAACUAUUUACCUCCUGUUUUUGAGUGCUAUCUUAUAUAAUUCUGCUGUUAAUGGUAAUGAAGAUGUCAUCAAUUUUUUUGUACUAAAGAAACCACUGAGCUGGGGCCCAGUAGAAGUCGGCUAUGGAAAUGCUGCAGCAUACAUGAUCUUCAUUACUAGUUUUAUUGGCGUUUUUGUUUUCUCCAGAUGUUUACAAGAUUUGAGUAUGGUUAUUUUUGGAAUGUUUUCAUUUUUUGUUGGGGUUCUUGUCAUGGCUUUUGUACGUUGGACCUAUCUUUAUUAUGUUGCCAGACUUGCCAUGAUGUUUUCUCUGAUCCCUGUGCCAACAAUCCGGGCUAUAUUAUCCAAAGCCACAAAGGAGUCGACUUAUGGAAAAGUCUUUGCUGUGCUUCAAAUGACCAUGGGAGUUGUGGCUGUGGCCACAUCAACAGCAUUUAUUGCAAUAUAUCAAGUUACUCUCGACUGGUUUAGUGGCUUCAGUUUCAUUGUGAUCUCUAUUGUUACCUUUAUAAGUUUUAUUCCAAUCAGUGUUAUAGCUUGCAAGACAUAUACAAGAAAGGGAUCACAUAAAACCCAGGAAUAA